AUGAAUCGGGAGAAACUCAUGAAGAUGGCGGGUGCGGUUCGCACUGGUGGGAAGGGAAGCGUGCGCAGGUUUUACACUUUUGUACACUUCUAGUGCUAAAUAUAUUGCUUCUUCUUUUUUUAGUCAGUCUGUUGCUGAAUUAGCUUUGCCCAUGAUUGUAGUAAGUGUUCCAAAUCCGAGCAAGGAUGCUGGUUGUAUCUGCCUACUUCGCUGUCAUUGCGAAUACUAAUACUGGGCGCGAGAAGUUUGCAUCUUCAAUUGAUCAUGUCGAAUCUUUUUUUUUCAUGGAAUGAGAUUUAUGAUGAUGAUGACGAAGAUAAAUAUGAUAUUGGGCCGCAUCCUUCAUCAGAAGAGCCCGUUGCUUCAUAGUAUUUUUGGGUGGUGAUGAUUGUCUCUUUAAAAAUGGUUGCUCUUCCUUUAAUUUUCGUUUCAUCUUGAGUUAUACGCAUAAAGAACGCAUAUCAGUCCCUCAGGUAGGGAUGGGAUAUCAUACUGUUGCUAUGUUUUAGGAUCAGUCGAUAAUAUGCAGGAGUUGGAGAGGUGGUUUGGAUUGCUAUCAGAGUGAUUCGCGCAUAUUAUGUUUCUCUGAGUGUGGACCAUAAUAAUAAUUUCCUCCUUUUUGGGGUUUAAUACGACUGUGAAAUGAGUUUCACGUUUUUUCCCAUCCACAUAGUUUUUUAAAGGUAAACUACGAGGACAGUCUUGUCCUCCUUGUUGGCCGUCUGAACGAACAGCAUGGUUCACCUUGGUUGCUCUGUGUUUCUGCAGAAAGAAGAAGGCGGUCCACAAGACCGCUACCACAGACGACAAAAGGCUUCAAACCACUCUGAAGAGAAUCGGGGUGAACGUCAUCCCGUCGAUAGAAGAGGUCAACAUUUUCAAGGAUGACGUAGUGAUCCAGUUCUUGAACCCCAAAGGUAUGCGAAGGAAUAAUCGAACGAGACGCUGGAUGCAUGUUGUUCUACGACCAUUCAUCCUCCCCCCUCCCCCCCCAAUCACGCCGCUAACUAACGAAGCGUGUUGUUCAACUGUCUCCGUCGUACAGUGCAGGCCUCUAUCCCCGCCAACACUUGGGUGGUCAGCGGUUCUCCCCAGACAAAAAGUAAUAUUUCUCACUCUUCUCGUUCUUCCUGCUGGGUCUCCCUCACCAUCAUCCAUCCUUUUGAUGCAUUCACUUACCAGGGGUAGAUUUUCUCUUUCCUCUGGUUUUCUUUUCAUCCUUUCCUCAUCUGACGAGUUUCUCUUCGGCGGCAGAGCUCCAAGACUUGCUGCCCGGGAUCAUCAACCAGCUCGGUAAGGCCUUCUUCUUCACAAAAAAUGAAGCUCCUCUUCCCGCUGAGACUUUCCAGUUGCCGUCAUCUGAUUCGUUCUGGUGGGGUGGGUCGUUUAGGAGCGGAUAACAUCGACAAUCUGAGGCGGCUUGCCGAACAGUUCUCCAAGCAGUCUCCUGGAGCUGCCGCCGCCGCUGCCGCCGGCGGAGAGGAGGAAGACGACGAUGUUCCGGACCUUGUGGAAGGCGAGACGUUCGAAGCUGCUGCGGCGGAGGGAGAGAGCAAAGCUGCGGCGGAGGGGAAGGGUAAAACCGCGGCUUCCUAG